CACAGUGCAGCCGCGCGACCUGCUCCGUGCUGCUGGACCGGGAGGCGGACAGAGUUUGUAGCGGCAGAGCGGUGACCGCGCGUCGGGGUGGAAACUAACCGGAUGACCACUGCUGGAAACUCCCGGACCUACCGGACCUAGCGUUUCUUCCUCUGGUGAUUUUUAACCGUUUCCCCCUUUUUUUCCUCUUUUUCUCUCGUCCCGGUGCUCCGUCCGCUUCUUACACCACCACCACCUCUACCCCACUACCUCCCCAAGAAGCGUGCCAUCAGCGGAGGAUGCUGUUGCUGCUGUCGGUACAAACAGCCCGGUGGUAAACGGAGUAGCAGUGAGUGACCCCCGGUCCGGACGGGUGUUCUCCCCCGGCUGGGCUCCAGCCGUCCCCCCCCUGAGAGAGGAAGGAUCGCCGGGUUGACGCGCAGCGCUGGUCACGACAGUAAAAUUGGACAGAAAUUGUGGAGGAAUAAUCCCCCCUCCCCCUUGCUUGUCUGACUGGAUUGUUUGAUUUGUUUUAAGGUCUUUUUUCCCUGCCUUGUGGAUUGUUAAUUUAAUUUUUUCCCGGAGUGGCUCCGUCUGGGUACCGAGGAGGAGCGGAGCCUGUAGCCGGGCUGGGGCGCUCAGAGCUGGGGAACCGCGCGGCUCUCACCCGGUCCAGAGCGGUGCUAUCGGGCGGAGUCAUGGCCGCGCUGAGGUGGGAGGUUCUGCUGUUCCUGACGGUCGUCCUGCUGGUCUCCUGCGCCGCCUCGCCCACCGACAUCCUGUAUCGGGUUCCCGAGGAGCAGCCUCCCAACACGCUGAUUGGUAGCCUGGCGGCGGACCAGGGCCUGCCUGACACCGGACACCUCUACAAGCUGGAGGUGGGCUCGCCGUACCUUCGGGUGGACGGCAAGACCGGCGACAUCUACACCACCGAGAUCCCCAUCGACCGUGAGACGCUGAGGGACUGCCGCAACCUGUUUGAGGGCGACAAAUGCUUCCUGGAGUUUGAGGUGUCGAUCACCGACAUGGUGAAAGGCAUCGGCACGGGGCCGCGGCUGAUCGAGGGCCGCAUCGAGGUGGUGGACAUCAACGACAACACGCCGCAGUUCUCCUCGCCCAUCCUCACCCUGUCCAUCCCAGAGAACACGCACAUCGGUGCCCUCUUCUCCAUCCCCAUGGCCACCGACAGGGACUCCGGCAGCAACGGGGUGGCCGAGUACUCGCUGAGCACCGGGCCCGAUGCCGACCAGCUCUUCACCCUGCAGGUCGCCGUGGACUCGGACGAGAAGCUGCCUCAGCUGGUAGUCAUGGGUAACCUGGACCGCGAGAAGAAAGACUCGUACGACCUGAACAUCCGGGUGAUGGAUGGCGGGAAGCCGCCAAGGGCGAGCAGCGCCCUGCUGCGGGUCACCAUCACCGACCAGAACGACAACUCACCCAAGUUUGAGAGGAAUCAGUACAAUACCGAACUGCUGGAGAACAGCCCACAGGGACACUCUGUGCUGCAGGUCAGAGCCAAUGACGCAGAUACCGGCACCAAUGGAGAGAUCGACUACAGCAUCCAUCAGGCGACGGAGUCUGUCCAGAGGCUUCUGCGCAUUGACCGCUCUACAGGCAUCAUCUACGUCAAGGGCCUGGUGGACCGUGAGGAUGAAAGCCUUCUCAAAUUCUUUGUGUUUGCCAAAGAUCGUGGGCCCUACUCCAAGAGCUCUAAGGCCCAGGUAACCAUCAUCAUCAAGGACCAGAAUGACAACGCACCGGCCAUCGAGAUCCGUGGUAUUGGCUUGGUGACACACUACAAUGGUGUGGCCAACAUCUCUGAGGACAUGCCCAUUGGCACUCCAGUGGCGUUGGUCCAGGUGUCGGAUCGUGACGAGGGGGAAAAUGCGGUGGUAACGUGCGUGGUUGCAGGUGACGUCCCAUUUCAGCUCCGACCUGCAAGUGAGUCAGCCAACGAUCGGAAGAGGAAAUAUUUCCUUCAGACAACUACCUUGCUGGAUUUUGAGAAUUUGAGGGAUUACAGAAUUGAAAUUGUUGCUGUGGAUUCUGGGAACCCAGCCCUGUCCAGCACCAACUCACUCAAAGUGCAGGUCACAGACAUAAACGACAACUCACCAAGCUUUUCCCCUUCGCUGCUGGAGGUGGACUUUUCAGAGGGCAACCAGCCAGGUGACAAGGUGCUUGAUGUCAUGGCGACAGAUGCAGACAGUGGCACCAACGCAGAACUGUCCUACAGCAUCAUCGAGAACCCGGCCACCAGGCUUUUUGAAAUUGAAUCCAACACUGGAGAGAUCCGUGUGAAGAAUCUGCUGGAUCGGGAAGAAACGGAGCGUUAUGAGUUCCGUGUGGCUGCAGCAGACAAGGGCAUUCCUAGCAAAACUGGCACUGCUACUGUGGUGGUUAAUGUUCUGGACCGCAAUGACAAUGACCCCAAGUUUAUGCUGAGUGGCUACAGCUUCUCUGUCAUCGAGAACAUGGCUCCUCUGAAUCCUGUUGGUGUAGUGACUGUCACUGAUGCCGAUAAGGGUGAGAACGCCAGAGUAAAGCUAUUUGUAGAACCUGACAAUGGCAAAUUUGUCAUCCAGAACGGCACGGGAACCAUCCUGUCCAGCAUCUCCUUCGACCGUGAGAAGGAAAGCACCUAUACCUUCCGCCUAAAGGCUGUGGAUGCUGGUGUCCCACCUCGAUCCUCAUAUGUGGGGGUGACUAUCAAUGUCCUGGACGAGAAUGACAAUGCCCCCUACGUUACCAAACCGGCUAACUCUUCCUACAAAUACAUGUCGCCCGUCACCCCGCCGGACACCAGUGUGGAGGUGGUAGAGGCUGAGGACAUUGACUCUGGACUCAAUGCUGAGCUGGUCUAUGCCAUCACAGGUGGAAAUCCGUAUGGCCUGUUCCACAUCUCGCCCAACAGCGGGGAAAUCACACUGGUGCAGGAGUUCACCGGCAAGCACAAUGGACUGCACCGCCUGGUGGUGAAGGUUAGCGAUAAAGGCAAACCUCCCCGCCACACCAGUGCCCUAGUCCACGUUUUUGUCAAUGACACCAAGUCCAAUGUCUCCCUCAUUGAAGCACUGGUUGGAUACAGCCUCUCCACCCCUCUGGACAAGGAUAUUGCCGGAGAUCCCAACUACGCACAUGCUCAGCGCAGCAACAUCCUAUAUGGCAGCCUUGCGGGUAUUGCUGGUGUGAUUCUGGUCAUUGUAGCGGUGGUGGUCAUCAGACACAGACUGCAGCAGGACACCAAAAGCGGCUACCAGGCCGGCAAGAAGGAGAGUAAGGACCUGUACGCUCCCAAGCAGGGCCCCAAAAAUGGCAAGGGGAAAAAGAGCAAAAAAGGAAAAGCUCCUAAACCGGCCAAGCCACUGGAGGAGGACGAGGAGGCCAGCCUGCAAAAAGGCCUUAAUUUCAACCUCAUCAACGACAACGUCAACGACAGUCCCAGAAUCCACCUGCCCCUUAACUACCCACCGGGAAGCCCCGACUUGGGCCGCCACUACCGCUCCAACUCCCCCCUUCCCUCCAUCAUGCUGCAGCCACAGUCGCCCUCUGCCUCCAAGAAGCACCAGGCCGUUCAGGACCUCCCCGCCACCAACACCUUUGUGGGAACAGGCGACAACACCUCCACAGGCUCCGACCAAUAUUCGGAUUACAGCUACAAGGCCAACCCGCCCAAAUACAGCAGCAAACAGUCACAGCCUCCCCACCGCCGAGUGACCUUCUCCACAUCCAAUCAGGCGCAGGACCAGCAGGACCCGUCCCAGCACAGCUACUACGACAGCGGCCUGGAGGAGUCGGAGACGCCCAGCUCCAAGUCGUCGUUGGGGCCGCGGAUCGGCCCCCUGGCGCUGCCAGAGGACCACUACGAGCGGACCACACCUGACGGCAGCAUCGGCGAGAUGGAGCACCCGGAGAACGGUGGAGCGUCGUCGAGCGCCCAGCCGGAGAGAGGGGCCGGACAAAAAAGACUGCCUUAAGACAAAACUAAAGACACAAAGAGCAUCUAAAGCUUUUUUUUUUUCCUCCUCUGAUUUACAAAAAGAAAACAGAUUAAGUCCUCAAGCUUUUUUCCUCUCUGCUGCAGUUCUGAGGAUGUUUCUCUUCCCUUCCCUCCUUGCCUGUGGUCGUGAACUGCUUUUUUUGCUUCAUGUUGCACAUUCUUGGUACAAGUUUCCGUCGAGGAGAAUCGAAUCACAAAAAAACAGAUGAAAGGAAAAACAUUUUUGUUGGAGAAAAUGUCCCGAAUAACACGGAAUUAAUGGUGUUUGGUUCUUCUGGGGUCUUUUCUUCCCACCACGUCCUUUGUAGACCAUUUUUCGGGAGGUGGAUUUGUACUUUUUUGUCGACGCUGCGCUGUUCUCUGUAUGGAUUUAACCGAAGCCUAAGUGGACUCGUCACAGUCGCAGUGGAUUAUUGGCUCAACCUUUCAUGGGUUUUUGCUCUUGUUGCCCUUUUUUUUAAUUGUUUUUGCACUGUGAGAACUGUCGUUCCACUUUGUUUUCCCAGUGUCACAUUUUAUGGGCAAAUCAAUCCCUUUUCAGACUUUUUUGUUUGAAUGUUUUGGUAGCCCUGGUGCCUGAAGUUGAUAAUUGACAGUCAGGGUUCGGAGGACAGGGUGAACGGCACAUAAUCAGCCGACCCACCUCCUCUCACCGGCCAAUAGAAACUCUGGUAGGAGCUGUCGUGGAAAUCUUUUUGGUCCGCAUCGUCUCACUCAUUCAUCCCUUCUCGAUUAAAACAUGUGUCUCCAGUUAAAGGAGCAGCAGAGUCAGAAUAUCACCUUCAUCUCUGUGCGACCAGGACGUGUUUAGCAUAGCUUAGCACAAAGACUAGAAGCAGAGGGAAACUGCUAGCAUAGCUUCAUCAAAACUGAACAAAUAGCUUGUCACAGAAAUGUCAGAAUUUGAAAGUGUAAGGAAGCAACAAGAAAUGACGGAAAUGCCAAAGAUAUGUUUGAAGUGGUACAAACAGUAUGUUCAACACAUUGUUUUGUUCCACUAGAGGGCGCUGACAUUUAUUUAGAGUUUCCCAAAUUUAAGGAAUCUGUAGAAGAAGUUUGUCUUCAAGCUGUUAAGUUGUUUUAACGCCUCUACCAAGGUGCUACGUAGUCGACCCUGAUUUACUAAAUUUCAAGCGGUAUUUUAGUGUUACCUGAAAUAAUUUUAGGAAUUUAGUCAUUUGCAUAAACUACACCAAAUCUCAACAUUUCCCAAAAUAUAGGUGAUAAAUUAUUAAAAUGAUGAGUAUUGUUGGGCAAACCCAGCUCACCAACGAGAGGCGCUAAUGCUCUGUGUUAACUCGCCUGUCAAAUGUGUUAGCUUAGCUUCCCUGCUAGCCUCACUAAAGCAAGGCUAGUAGUUUCCCCUUCCUUCCAGUCUUUGUCCUUCGCUUCUAAAACUGUUACAACUUUACAAGAGAAAAUAUAAUAACUGCGACUCAGAUUCAUUACAGAGGAAGUAUUGAAAUCCACACGUAUCUAGCAUCUAUCUAUCAAUCUAUCUAUCCAGCUAUCCAGCUAGCAACCUAGCUAACUGCUGCUAAUGCAUAUUUGAACCAAAUCCGCUCUCCAUCUUUAUCACCCCUCAUUCUCCUGUACUUCUCUCUAAGACAAACAAUCCAACUUUUAAAGUUGUUUUUCAUGGAGUUUAACCAGUCAUCUUGGCAGUUAGAAUAUCUAUUGACCUGUCAAUCAAAUCUGAAGACUGAAACGGUCCCUGACCUGUCAGUCAGAUCUCUACUUUCUUGUAUUUUCCAGUAAAUAAAACGCGUGUAGGACUCAGCUGGUUGGUUAGUACGACAGCUUAGUAACAGAAGAUUUACUGUUACCGUUGAUCUGACUUGUAUGUAAGUACAACAGUGUGUUUAUUCUGAAAUAUAACAGUAUGUUUAUGGGAUAUAAAGUUGUAAAAUGGUGUUCGAGUUUGAAUAUUUGUAGUCAUCACUGGUUUGCUGUAGGAGUCAAACAGAGCAGCUCGGCGACCUGCUGCUGUACCUGUGAAUGUACUUUGUAUUCAGAGGUUUUUAUUACAAUAAACAAGUGCUGAUAUCAU